UCAGGAAAUGUGAAAACCUUGACAAGGAAGAAGUUCACUUUCUAGAACGUUGAUUAUAUUGUUAAAGCUGUUUGUGGAAUCUACUCAAAACACAUAUCUGCUGAUUUUCGCUCAUUGGAAGAGCCAUUUUUUCAAAACUAUUAAAUGAACUCGCGAUAUGAGCUCAUCUCCGUAUAACUGGCAGUCUGAGAAAACGUCUGUGCAGGAUGCAAUCUCCUUCCUCUUUAACAACGAAAUAGUGAGCGAUGUACAUUUUAUGGUCGGGAAAGGCACUCAGAGGCGACGAAUUCCUGCCCACAAAUUUAUACUCGCUGUAAGAAGCGCUGUUUUUGAUGCUAUGUUCAAUGGUGGAAUGUCAACAGAGUCAGACGAAGUGGAACUACCCGACGUUGAAUAUUCAGCUUUCCACUCCUUGCUUCGAUUUAUUUAUACUGACGAAGUACAAAUUGGACCCGAAACAGUAAUGACGACUCUUUACACGGCCAAAAAAUACGCGGUGCCAACUCUGGAAAACGCCUGCGUGGAUUUCUUAAAGAAGAAUUUAAGUCCAGAUAACGCUUUCAUGUUGUUGAGCCAAGCCAGACUGUUUGAUGAACCUCAAUUAGCAGACCUAUGUCUCGAAUGUAUUGACAAGAACACUGCAGAGGCGAUUGCAGCGGAAGGCUUUACUGAUAUUGAUUUUGAAACACUUUGUGUCGUUUUGCAAAGAGACACUUUGUCCAUCCGCGAAAGCCUUUUGUUCGCUGAAGCUUUGAGGUGGGCUGAACACGAAUGUCAACGCAGGAGAAUACCCUCCACUCCAGAAAACAAAAGGUCAGAUUAUAAGAAUUGAUAAGCUUUUAAAAUUUAGGAUGCGCUUGAGAACCCUUUGGAGCUCAUCUCCUCAGUUGUUAGCUCUGCGCAAUCAAGCACGUAGCAAUAAGGAGAUACAGGUAUCAUUCAAUUAGAAACAAGUUUCAGGCGUUAGGGGUAGGGCCAAGAAUAGGGAAUUGAUUGAAAAUAUGUACAGAGAUUAAUCUUCUUUAUGCUUCUAGGAUCGAAACAAUAUUGCAUGAAUUUGUAUAUGAGCAGUGGCACUGCAUCUUUCAGUAUCAAACUAAUUCUACUUUGAAAAGUCAAAGAAGUGUAAAGGGGGGAAUUGCUGAGAGGAGUCAGGUGUUUUUAUUUUUGCGUGGUGUUUUUGUCAUUUUGUAUUGUUGAUGGGGUUUUUUUUCUCCAAUUCUACUGUGCUCUGAAGUUUGCUAACCAUGAUAUAAGGGAUUUUCUAUUAUUUUGGAGUUUUGGUGGUCAAACCAAUUUUUUGUGAAAUCGGAUCAUCUGUAAUAAUCCUAAUACUUCAACAAUACUGUUCUUAAAGGUGGUGUAUGUGACCUGGAGCCUUUGAUAUAUGUAAAAAUAAAAAUUCCAUUUUCUAUUGACAAAAAAUUGUAACCAUAAUCAUUCCUAAUAUUUCUUGUAGAAAUGUUCUUUCAAGGGCCCUGUACAUGAUCCGCUUUCCGCUAAUGACCAUAGAGGAGUUUGCAGCUGGUGUUGCACAGUUUGGAAUCCUCACUGACAGGGAGGCAGUCAGCUUGUUUCUUUACUUCACUGUCAACCCUAAGCCUGAGGUCAAUUUCUUGGACAAGCCACGCUGUUGUUUGACUGGUAAGGAAAAGGCAGUUUGUCGCUUCCAAAAAGUUGAGAGUCGUUGGGGUUACAGUGGUACAAGUGACAGGAUACGAUUCACAUGCAGUCGAAAGAUCUUUGUGGUGGGUUUUGGCCUUUAUGGAUCAAUGUAUGGUCCAAGUGACUAUCAAGUAACUAUUCAAGUCAUUGCGACAGAGACAGGAAAAAUUCUUGGCCACAAUGAAACAGCAUUCAGCAGUGAUGGCAGCGACUCCACUUUCCGUGUUAUGUUUAAGGAGCCAAUUGAGAUUCAAGCUGGAGUAAGUUACACUGCCAGUGCAACUUUGAAGGGUCCUGAUUCACACUAUGGCACUUCAGGUGGAAAGAAAGUUGUUUUUGAAACAGAGCAGAAAGAAAAGAUAACUUUCCAGUUUUCAUAUGCCACUGGAAACAAUAAUGGUACCUCCAUAGAGGAUGGACAGCUACCAGAACUAAUUUUUUACACCUGAUCAGGAAACAACUGUAUACAUGUAGAAGGACUCUAAAGAAAUCAUCAUAUACAGUGUACACUCAAAAAACUUUCCCGGUUAUUGUACAUAUGUCAUUAUUUUGUUUGAGUUUGCUUUCUGUUGAGCACCUGCUCUUCUGGGCUUCAAUGUUUUGAAUGCUUUGCUUGAGGUUAAAUUAGUUUUAAGGACAACAAGCUGUCUACCCUGUAUAUUGUAGCCUAAGAUGACCUUUAUUUUGUAAUGAUUAAUUAUCACACUUAAAAGUGUGAAAAAAGAGGAUAAGAAGUGUAUUGAAAAGUAAAUAACAAAUCUUCCAUAUAAAUAGGAGACUCCAACUAAUAAGGUUAGACAUUAAGAUGUGAGAGUGCACAGUAAUGAGGUGAUAUUAAUAUUCUGUGGAGGCACUGAAACAGGCUCCCAUGUAGAGAAAGUUGAAAUGUAGUGAAAGAUGAUAAAAAUUUGCCAUAGAGUUUGGGUGGAGUAGGAAACUUCUCUGACUGGUCAUGGGAUGUGUGAGCCAUGUACAUACAUGGGCCAUUGAAGAAAAAGGAAAUUCACAGAUUUUACAGUAGAUCUAUCAUCAAGAAUGGAAUUAAUAUCUUGAUGUGCCUCACCUGUGUCACUUUCUUUCUUUCAAGGGGGAUAGUUAUGCAAAAAUGUUUUUAUGUGACUCCAGAGAGAAGUUAGUACAGCUUUAAGGAGUACCUUGGGCUUAUGAACAUUUACUGGAACACAUCAUAAGUUUAAUCUUCUAACCCUCAAGAUCUCAAUCAGUAGUUCUCCUUUUUUGUCUGUCAUACAUUUCUUAUAAUUGUCAUUUGAGAAUUUGGUGUUUGUUGAAAAAUCAUCUCCUAGUAAUAUUUUCAUUAACUCUCGUCACUUGUGUGCAUGACAUAGUAUUGAAAUUGGAGAGAGAAACUGAUCUUAGUCACUCCUGGGUGUGGAAGGGUCAUCAAACUAAUGAAACUUCAUAAAAACUAUUCAGUAUAUUGAAAUUAAAUUAUUGUCCCAAAGAUGUCUUAUAAAGUAAUUGCCAGCAUGAUUAGGAGUAACUUAUUCAGGUGUAUAGCCAGCUUCUCCACCAGUUGUAAGCCUGUACCCAAAGAAAGUUCCAUUUUUGUUUAAGAGUUAGCAAGAGCUGUCUCAUAAAAGUCAAUGCGCAGAAAUAAAUUGCAUGCCCAGAUCAACUGGACUAUAGGCUGGCUAUGCCCCUGUUUAUUAUCUCAUUGUAAAUUUUUGCUGAUUUGUUGAACUACUGGUACAUGUAAGAUCUUUUUUGUUAAAGAUGCUUUCAUUACAACUUAAGUUUGUCUCUAGCCUUUCUUUUACAGUUACUCCAAGCCGUAAACAAGUGUGUUCUUUAGACUCGCAUUUGAAUUUGCCAUCAAAUUUAUUAAAUGUGACUGACAUUGAAUUAAAUUUUGUAUUGAUCGUGUGCGAUGUAAUGUUCCCUACAGUAGAUAUAACAGGAUAAUUGAGUUUUUGGAGGGUUAAGAUGACUUUGAGAAAGUUAUGAAAGUAAUGGUAAGAUUGGAACUUAAUGUAACUCAAACGUGCUCCUAAAGAAAGCCAAACAGACUCCAAACUAAGUUGUUUUUGUUUGUUUGUUUGUUUGUUUUUUGAAGGAGAAACUUGCUUCAGAAACCUGCUUAAGAUAAAAAAGUUAACUUAUAAUUGCGUUUUGAGGCUCUAAAGAGUAUCCUAUUCAUUCCAAAUUUGUCUUCAAACGGGUCUCCUUCAACAGGAAGAAACAAACAAUCAAAUAUUGCCCUUUGUAAUAGCAUAAUACAAUAGUCACAACAACUGCUAAGAGAAAUCUUUAAAGAACCACCAAUAAUAUACAGAAAGGGGUGUUCACUCAGACAUACUUAUGAGAGCAAAGUUAUAAAGAAGGCAAGUAAACUGGACAUACCACGGAGUCGAAUAAAA